UCCCAACCAAAACCCUCGAACAUCUCACUCCCCGAAGCCAACCCCUCUCCACCGCCGCACGCAAAAAAGAAAAACCCUCGCUCUCUCUCCCUCUCUCAACCUUCGUCGUCGGCGAUAUCCGAGCUUCCCGAUGAGCGGCAGCGCCUUCAACGCGUUCAAAACCCUAGCUCCGAUCGAGUGGAGCCCUCGCCUCUACAUCACCCUCGUCCGCGGCCUCCCCGGGACUCGGACUCUCGAGGCGAUGCGCCUCAGACGAUGCCAUCGCACCGUCGCCCAUCGCAACACCCCGUCUCUCCUCGGAAUGCUCAAUCAAGUUAAGAGAUUGGUUGUGGUGGAGACGGAGGCGAUGUACGAUGCACGGAAGCAGAAGGGGGAGGAGAAUAGGGCACCGAGGCCUCCUCUUGUGGUUAGCCAUUCUCCUCCUCCUGCAAAUGGUUCGACUCAGUAGGAAAAAGGCUACCUGAAGACGUAAAUGCAUACAGGAAUUCGUUGCAGUUUCAUGCUUGUGGUUUCUAUGGUCAAAUGGAAGAUCCUUUUCUUUUCAUGUGUGUAACGCUAUAUAUCUUUAUGUAGGAAAUCUUUGAUGCCUAGUCUGUAGCUGACCUUUUAUUUUGGUAGUGAUCUGCAAAUCUGCUUCAACUGAGACGAGCAUGUGUAAUGUUAUUCCAAUUUAUGUCAUCUGUUGAAGGUUUUUAUGCCCCGGUCCCUGCGAAUAAAGCUCUGUGCGCUAUGAAUGUAUUUCA